AUGGUGUCCGACGCCUUCAAAUCGCCCAAUUCCAUACCUCCCCGCAGGAGCUCCACAGGUCUUGGAAGCGGUCAUGUCAACCCUACGCAACCAGUUCUUAAGCCAGUUGCGGAAGGUAGUUGGAUGUCUCACAAUAAAAAGCCAUCGACAACACAAUCCUUGCCUUUGCCGGGCUUCAAUAGCUCGGCUGAAAAUAUUGCGAAGCACGUUACUGGGACAACAUGGUCCAAGGAAAAGGAAAGGAUUGUGCUGGGACCAUACGAGUAUCUGCUCAAUUCUCCCGGAAAGGAUAUACGAAAGCAACUUAUUGAGGCAUUCAAUGCGUGGUUGAAGGUUCCGCCGGAGAGUCUUGCGAUUAUUACGAAUGUGGUGGGAAUGCUGCAUACGGCAUCACUGCUCAUAGAUGAUGUUGAAGACUCUUCCAUCCUACGACGCGGUUUGCCAGUCGCACACAGCAUCUUCGGAAUGGCCCAGACGAUCAAUUCUGCAAACUACGUGUACUUCGCUGCACUGCAAGAGCUGCUCAAGCUUGGAAAUCCUAAGGUCAUCAAUAUAUACUCGGAGGAAUUGUGCAAUCUACAUCGAGGACAGGGGAUGGACCUAUUUUGGCGGGACACCUUGACAUGCCCGAGCGAAGACGACUACCUCGAAAUGGUGGGAAACAAAACCGGUGGGCUCUUCAGGCUGGCAGUGCAGCUGAUGCAGGCGGAAAGCAGCAAUGACAAGCACUUCGUACCUCUAGUCAAUACGAUAGGCCUGCUCUUCCAAAUCCGAGACGACUACAUGAAUCUCUCCAGCAGCGAAUACACCGAGAACAAAGGUCUGUGCGAAGAUCUCACAGAAGGGAAAUUCUCCUUCCCAAUCAUCCACAGCAUACGCUCUAAUCCGCAGAACCGGCAAUUGAUCAACAUAUUGAAGCAGAAAACGACCGACGAUGAAGUCAAGAAGUAUGCUGUCAAAUAUAUGGAGGGUACGAGGAGUUUCGAGUACUGCAAGGUCAUAUUGCGAGAUUUGAAGGAGAAGGCUUUGGUAAUGAUCGAGGAGAUCGACGAGGGUACGGGACAGGGGGCUGGUGUAAGGAUUAUCUUGGACAAGAUGGCAGUCUGA